AUGACUUCAGUUCUUAAAUCUCUCAAAUUCUUAGAGUUUAAAGUAAUUACCUCAGGAAAAACAUCGUACUUUUAUUUUAAAGAGGUUUCAGCCCAACAUUGGCAACUAAAACAUUAUUUGAGCUUUCGUUUAAAAAAUGACGAAACUAUUUUGCCGUGGUCUACAAUAUACAACGAGUGGCAACAGUCUCUUGAAUUUAUUUCCAAAAACUUGAAUAAAACUAUUCCAGGAUGUGUGUCUAGCUUUUGCGUUGAACUACUAAAAAUUUGUGACACUUUUGAAGAAUUUUAUCAACGAAGUAUUGAUCUGCAAAUUGCUGAAAGACGUCGACUCUUGGAAACAACAAUCUUUUCAGAACAAAAGUUUACAGAAUUCUUACAAGCAUCGGGCCAAAAGCGAAUAGUGGAGGAUAUUGAAGAUGCCGCAUCGUCCAAUGAAAAGCGUGUUUGUCAUAACGUCGUACCUGAAUUUUCCCAAAAUUGUGACAUAGAAGAAAAUAAAAACAAUGAGGAGCCUGGUUUAUUUAACAAUCAAGAAGGUGGUGUUGAAUAUGAUACCGAAGUUAGAAACCUUUUGAAUGAAUCAGAAACCUGUUCACAGGAACUUAGUACCAUUCUAGCCGCUUUUAGAACCUAUCAACAUGAAUCAAAGAAUAUUCUUUCAGAAAAUGGAAUUAUGGAUUUAAGAAUUUGUUCUUUUGCCAAUGACUUUCUAAUUGAUUUCUUUUCAGAGAAAUUGAGCGAACAACAAUGGGAGGAUAAGAUCGAAAGCUUAAUGGAAGAUAAUUCAGGGCAAAAUAAAUUUAUAAUAAAGUUAAAACGAUUAAUCAUAGAAACGUUACCGAUUUUUUUUGACUCCUACAAAUUAAUGUCUGAUAAUCCACUUAAAAAUAAGGAAAUGACAGAAGAGGAAUACAUGAAUACUUAUAUUAAUCCAAUUUUAAAAAAUGCAUUAAUUCGGUUUUCUGAUAUUAGAUAUGUUCCAGCGGCAAAGGAUAUGAUUAACUUUGUUGUAACUCAAGAAGUAUUACAUAAAUGGCCACUUCCAGCAUAUUUUCGAACAUUCAUGGUCCAAAUUUUCGAGUUUAACUUGCGGUUCUAUUUUAUGGAAUAUCUUGCUCAGUAUUGUAUUUUCGAAAUUGAAACAUGCGAAGUACCUACAGAUUGGAAGGAAACCUUGCAAUUUUCCUCUUUUUAUCGGGCAAUUGUAACCUGGGCACUAUUGGUAGGAGAAGCCGAUAAAAAAUUUCAAGAAUUAAGGAAUAAAAGGAGUUCACGUUUAAGCAAUUCUCACAAUAUACAAAAAUUGCUAAGGCUUUCACAUAAUGACGAUCGGGGCG